CAGAGUUUUUGUUUUACAAGUUAACCCAUAAAAGGAAAGAACAAAAUGCUUGCACUAAAUUUGAAACCAAAAAAUUCACCAGUACAAUCUUGAAACUUAUUUAGCAAAAGACAAGUCUUGAAAGUUCUGUAAUGGAGGAAACCCUUGUGGAAGAGAGACAGGCUGUUAUGCAUCCACCUUUUGGUGGAAACCCUACUCUCAGAAAAGCCCAUUUUCUUAAACCCCUUUUUAGUGAAGAUCACACUCAUCUUCCUGAUCCACCUAGUCCUCAACUUUGCUCAAAACCCAUCUCUGAAAACCUGAAAAAUUACAGUUUCAGGUCAUACAAGAAGUACCCAUCAGAGAAAUGGAAGAUUUGGGUUCAUAGUUUGGAGCCCAAGUACCAAGAAAUAUGGAAACAAGCUGGUAUUUAUGAAGCAAUCUUGGCCUCAACCUACGAAAUUCCGAGAGACAAAGAGUUGAUCAUGGGUCUUGCUGAGAGGUGGUGUGGUGAGACUAACACUUUCGUGUUUUCGUGGGGUGAGGUAACUAUUACUUUAGAAGAUGUUAUGUUUCUUGGAGGUUAUUCUGUUUUAGGGGCCUUAUAUUUGACUCCUUUAGCUGAUGAAUGUGUUGGUAUUUUUGAUUCUUUCAAGAAAGUUCAUUCUGAAAUUAGAUUGCUUUGUGGCAAACAUGUCAAUUGUGCAAUGUGGAUGGAGUAUUUUAUGUGUAGUGGUAAAGAAUUAGAACAUGAAGCAUUUCUAGCAAUGUGGUUGUCUAGGUUUGUUCUUCUUCACUCUUAUGAAGACAUAGUUGUUUGUAAUUUUCAUGCUGCUAUUCAUCUGUCCCGAGGUAAAAGAAUUGCGCUAGCACCUGUUGUUCUUGCCAGCAUUUAUAAGGAUAUGAGAGUGUUACACAAUUCAAUUAUUGAGUCGAUUGAUAUAGAGUCUAAAGCUUGUUCGAUUAUUAGUUUAUGUCACUUGGAUUUGGUGCACAUGUGGGCUUGGGAGAGGUUUUCAGAACUGAGACCAACUCCUGGUGUCAUGGGGAGGAAUGAGCCUAGAUCAGCUCGGUGGAAUGGAGUGAAACUUUUGGAAGUGAAGGAUGUGAGGGCGGUCUUAGACUCCACAAAAGAAUCAUUUAUAUGGCGCCCUUAUGUUAUUACUCCAAGUAAUUGUAUGCUGCGUAUGUUGUACAAAGAUAGUGAACAGUGGCUAGUGGUUGAAUCUGAUGAUUUGGAGUCAUAUGCUCGGUGCUUGAGAGUUUCUGAGCUAGUUGGAUUAAACAAUAUAGAACAGUAUCUGCCUCAUAGAGUAGCUAUGCAAUUCGGGUUAGACCAAGAUGUUCCUCCUGAUGUUAUUCGAUCCAACAAGAGUCCUAAAAGUGCUUGGAGAAGUUAUACCAGAUCUCUUAAAGGUACAGAAUGUUAUAUUCCACCUCGACUUUUUGAGUCGGAUGUUUCCUCCCGCUAUGUGGUUUGGUGGAGAGGCCUUCUGCCCGUAAAUGAAGAAACGGUGACAACGUGCAAUCAAAAUGUGAAACACUUCCCACUGAUUUCUUGGGGAUACAAGAGAAGACAUUCAAGACAUCAUACAUUGUUAACUGCUCCUGGUUCUGUUACAGAAAGACCAGAUGAUUAUGUUGAACAGGAUAGUCUUACAGCUUCUCAAGUAAUGAGUUGUUCAAGAAAGGCUCCACCAACAAAGGAGAGCUCUAGAAAAAUAAAGGAUCUGUAUGAUGAGCCAGUGUUACAAAUUAAUUUUGAAACUGAAAGUCCUGAAAAGCUAAUCCGUAGGACUAAAUCUGUCAUAUCAAUUGGGCGGAGCAUUUCAUCUUCUAUUAAAAGACCAAUUAAUCUUAAAGAACAUCUAAAAGAAGAUGCGGUUGUGAGCAAAGCAAAUUGUCCUGAGACUGACGUCGUCAAUCUUGAAGAAGAAACCUGUGCUCAUACUGAUACUCUUGUGGAAGAGAGAGAGGUCGUUAUGUGUCCACCUGGUGGUGGAAACCUCACUCUCAGAACUGCCCAUUUUCUUAAGCCCAUUUUUAGUGAACAUCAAAAUCAUCUACCUUCUCCACCCACUUCGCUGUUCUCCUCAAAAUCCACUUCUGAAAAUCUAAGAAAAUAUAAGUUGCAUUCUAAGGCAUACCCGUUAGAGAAAUGGAAGAUUUGGGUACAUAAUUUAAAGCCCAAAUACCAGGAAGUAUGGAAGCAAGCUGGUAUCUAUGAAGCAAUCAUGACCUCAACUUACAGAAUUCCAAAAAACAAAGAUUUGAUCUUUGGUCUUGCUGAGAGGUGGUGUGCUGAGACAAACACCUUCAUUUUUCCAUGGGGUGAGGCAACUAUUACUUUAGAAGAUGUUAUGUUUCUUGGAGGUUAUUCUGUUUUAGGUGCCUUAUAUUUGACUCCUCUAGCUGAUGAAUCUAUGUAUGAAGCUUUGAGAAAAGCUUAUAAAGAAGUUAGAACUUCUUGUUGUGGAAAUGCCUCUGCUCCAAUGUGGAUGGAGUAUUUUAUGUUUAGUGGCAAGCGAUUUGAACAUGAAGCAUUCCUUGCAAUGUGGUUGUCUACAUUUGUUCUCAUUCGUUGUUAUGGUAAAAUAAUCAUGAAGGAUUUUCAUGUUGCUAGUCAUCUAUCUCGAGGUAAUAAAAUUGCGCUAGCACCAGUUGUCCUUGCCUGCAUCUAUAAGGAUAUGAGGCUGUUACAAAAUUCAAUUGUUGGUUCCACUGAAGUAGAGUCGAAAGAUCGUUUGAGGUUUACUCUAUGUCACGUGGAUAUAGUGCAGAUGUGGGUUUUAGAGAGGUUUCCUAAGCUGAGACCAACUCCCAGUGUCAUGGAAUGGACAGAGCCUAGAUCAGUUCAUUGGAAUGGAGUUAAAAUUUUGAGAGUUAAAGAUGUAAGGGCAGCCUUAGACUCUGGAAAGGAAUCAUUUAUAUGGCGCCCUUAUGUUAUUACUCCAAGUAACAGUAUGCUGAGUAAGUUGUAUAGAGAGAGCGAACAAUGGAUAGUGGUUGAAUCUGAUGACAUACAGUCAUUUGCUCGAUGCUUGAGAGUUUCUGAGCUAGUUGGGUUAGACAAUAUAGAACAGUAUCUUCCCCAUAGAGUUGCUAUGCAAUUUGGCUUCGACCAAGACGUUCCUCCCCAUGUUCUGCGAUCCAACGAGUGUCCUAAAACUGCUUGGAGGAGUUAUAACAGAUCCUUUAAAGGUACUAAAAUUUAUAUUCCACCUCGAUUUUAUGAGUCUGAUUACUCUUCCCGAUAUGUGGUUUGGUGGAGGGACCAGCAGCCUGUGAAUAAGAAAAUGGUGACUACUUGCAUCCAAAAUGAGAAAUAUUUGUCACUAAUUUCUUGGGGACAGAAGAGAAGACGUUCAAGAAACAGACUAUCACCAAAGAGCAAGAGAUUUGAAAAAGGAAAUGGUCCUGCUGAUAUGCUGAUAUUAAAAACUCAUUCUGGAACUGAAACUCCUGCCAGGAGAUUUGGCAUGACUAAACCUCUGAUAUCGAGUGUGCAAAGCAUGUCAUCUUCUGAUAAAAUUGAGAGGAGUUCUUCUGCUGAAAGAUUAGUAAGUCUAAAAGAAGAUGCAGUUGUAAAUAACACAAAUCAUGCAGAGGCAAGCAAUGUUGAUAUCAAACUUGCAAAACAAGCAGUUGUGAGUAAAGCUAAUUGUCCACAGGAUAAAAUUGUCAAUAUCAAAGAAGAAAGCAGUGAUAAUUGUACAUCUGAGUUGCCACAUUUAGAACUAAUGGCUCGUAUUUUGAGGCUUGAAGCAAUUGUGGAUGCCAUUAAAGCAGCAAAGCUUGAUGCUAGUUUAGUGGAUAUUGAGACAGUAGUUCUUGAUAGAACAUAGCAUUCACAUUAUCAUAUAUUUCACUGAACUUUGUGUUUCCUUUAAUUUGGUGUAAUGCAGAUAUAUGUCUUUACGGUUCCCAGUA